UUAAGUGAAGAAGUGACCGAAAUCGAACGAUUAUGCCAUCCUACUUAUGGACAAUUCUCUAUAUAAUUAUCAUAAUAUGGCUGAUUACAAGCACUCUCGCAUAUCUGAUCCAAUGGCUGCUUCAGCGCUAUGCUGGUGUCUCAGUCAAGAUUGGACGGACUGGGAUAUUCAGCUGCAGAAAAGUACAGAUUUUAGUCAAAAAGGGACUUAAAUUGGAAAUAGAAAAGGCAUGGCUGUCCAGUUGUUUUGUAAACCAGGAACAACGAAAACCUCUAGUGAUAUGUAUCAGUGAUAUCAGAAUACAAGCAGAUGUCAGAAAAGAUGGACAGUUUCCCACUGACAAUGCUGCCUUCCCUGGCUCCAGUGACUCCAACCAGCCACAAUCAAAUCAGCAGGAAGCCAAGAAAGUAACACUGCCAAAAAUAGCCUAUUAUUUGCAGUACAUAGGCCUGAGAAUGAACAACUUGACUCUGAUGUUACUGAACACCAUGAUUCCUGACUGUCUGGUCCAUGCUGAGGGACAGAGUCUCUCCCUAGAUAUAUCCAUGGUUGAUCAAUGCUAUGAUUUGACUAUGGAUGUUGUUGGGGCUAGCUGUCGGGCACUUAGAAGUGUUUCAGAGGAGCAGCAGCAGGUGGAGCCAUGUUUAGCAGAGAUGUCAUGGAGUACAUUUGUACAUCUACAGGCUCAUAAAGACAACAUCAAGCAAUUCAAGAUGAUACGACUUCUGAUGAGUAAGCCACAAGCCAAGAUGACAGAAGCUUUAUUCUCCAGUAUUCAGGCCAUGAGGACAGUGUCAGCUCUUCAGAUGGAAAACAACCACGAAAACACAGAUAACAUCACAAACACUAGGUCUUCUUUCAACUUAAAUUUAAUCCCACAGGAGAUUGGUCUAGAUGUCACAGAUUUGGACGUGAAGAUCGUGAGACAAAACACUCAGAGAACAUUGUCAGUCGGACUGAGAAACUUCCACAUGGAAUUUCAGAACAACACUAAUACUUCAGAAGAGGAACAAAGUAUAUGUGGGCUAUUGGUAGAAGAUUUCCAUACAGAGUCCCCUCAAGCCAAGUUUGCUGCUUUGUUGAAGGCUAAUGUUAAGGUGGAGCUAAAUAAAAACAAAGUUGUAUCCGACGUAGCUGUCCAAGGGGCAUUCUUCCAUUACCAUCACGAGGAAAUCCAGUACUGGUCUUCUGUAUUGACACGAGUGUCUGACACACGCCCUGGUACCAACACUCAAAUACAGUCACGAAGGACGUCUACCUCCUCACCUCUCAAAUCACUUGCAGUUGACUACUGUCGGAGACGUAGUGUGUGUUUGUCUAUAGCUCUGACUGAAUUGUCUUCAUCUCUAUCUUCUGCAACCUCCUCAGGAUUGCAUUUUGGGGUCCAUUCAGCCAAAUUGGUGUCUACCAUUAAACCAUCUAUAACAGAGGAGUGUUCUGACCUGCCUUGGCUGGAUAAUGUAUCUUGUAAAGUUGAGGUUCAGACUGUCAGCUGUCAGCAUAUGGAUGCUCGAGUAGCUCUGGACCAUCUGUGUAACAACAUUCACUACUGGGACCAUGCUUUAUACAUAGGAACUUUCUAUAUCAAGGCCGACAAAAGAUGCGGAGACCUGAUGUUAGAUGUAGAUUUGUGCAAUACUCAUAUGGAAUGGUCUACACUGACAGUCAACACUGCCUUACACUUCCUUGGUGCUUUGUUAUGGAAACAACAGUCUGGUGCUAGUUCUGUUACCAUAACUACUGAAAGGGAAAGAACUCUAAAUAUACCACCAUCCAAUCUACAGAAGCCUGAAAGCAGUGUAUCCAUGAAAAUGUGUGUGUCAGAUGUGAACAUAUUUUUAUGUAAUAACCACAAAGUGUGUCUGAUGUCAAGAAUUGACGCUGUGGAUAUUGAUCUCAACAAACAAACCAGCUGUGUUACGGUAGAGGGCUGCAAAGUUACAUAUGUCUCUCAAGUAGAUAAGGAAAUGCAUGUACGCAUUCUGAAGAUUUUGUCGUGUGAGUGGAAGACAUGUCAUCAUAUGUGUCUAAUACAGGGAUUGGAGGAAGUCAAAGAGAUCAAAUCACGCUACCAAGCCUACCGUCCUGAUGUGGUGGAUAGUCAGAGGGACAGUUAUACUCCUCAGCACAGACUCAAAAUCAACGUCAUAGUGAAGGCAGCUACAUCAUUUACUCUCUGUCUGUCUAAGGAACACAGUGUGACCUUUGUACCAGAGGGCUUCAUCAUGACACGAUCUGAGGAGGAGACACUGAUGGAAAUGGAAAGGUUCACAGUGAACUGUGAUGAACAUCAAGUGGUAGUGCUAGAGGGUACAAUGAUGGGAACACUAUCCAAGUACCAGCUAAGGGAGGGCAGACAGAGUGUGGGUAACCUAAAAUGUCCCACAAAUAGGGCAUGGCAUGUUUUGUUUAACAACUUUGAUGUUGUCUUCCCGUUCAAAUACAACUUUGCUAAAUGUUUUGAGGAGUUUGUGAACCUAUGGAAGUGGUGGAAGUUGGUCCACAAAGUGAAGAAGAAGCCGUUUACAGAGGACAGUUUACUUCCUCCUGAUCUACAGAUCAAAGUCAAGAGGUUCCAGGUACAGCUUAGUGAUGAUCCAUUCGAGGUUAAGCUGGGGGAUAACUAUGAGCUAAUGAAAGACGAAUGUUAUGAAUACUUUAAGAGGAAGGCUGUUAUGGAGCAGAAGGUACAAAAUCUACGACGCACUCAUGGCUUCAUUCCAGCUGACCGUGUACAGGAAUUAUUUGAUUCCUUGGACAAGAAAAGCAGUGACAUUUACUUGCAGCGAUCUCGCCUGUUGUAUAAAACAACGCCAAUGAGAACCAAGCUUUUCACCUGGCUAAUGGAAGAUGUUGAAAUCCUUGCUUAUGCUGAUAAAUCGUUCCAUGGGAAGGAGAAUGUUAUCAGACAAAUGAGGGACAUUGACAAUCAGAGUCCCUAUCCUGAGGAGGGCUUAGAAUUUGUUACCCUUUGGUGUCGUUAUGUGAACUUUAACCUGAGUCUGUGGAAAGUAGUAAUGCGUGACUAUCCUCAUCCUAUGCUGGAAGUGAAGGACAUGGGACUUUGGGGUCGGUUAAUUGGGGCGGAGCAGGAUGGCAGUAGGAGAGCCAAGAGGAAGUGUGUUGUAGAGGUGGAGGACCCAUGGGGUAAUAUGGAGGUGGAGAGGAACUUGCCCACCCUCAAAUUCUACCACGACUUUAGCUGUGAUGUGAAGAGUUGGGUGAUGGCCUAUGGAGCAUGCUGGGAACCUGCUAUAGCUCAAUACAAUAUCAGUCUUGACCUUAUCAAUAAACCCUCAGUAGACCCCAGUCGUCCGCUUCCAAUCUGGGACAAGAUACGCCUUCUUCUACAUGGUCGAUUUUUCAUGUCUGUGGAACAAAUGAGUUGGCUGUACCAUGCCUCAUUUGACCCCUACAACACCACUGAAUUCAUGGAUUGGUCCUGGUCUAAAGUCUGUCUCGAUUGGACCAAUGCCAAUUUUGUCUUGCUGGGAGACUUUGACAUUUCUGCAAGGACUACAUCCAAGUAUGAUGACUGUAAACUGUUGCACUUGCCAAACCUCAAACUUUGUUACAAACUGGAAUGGUUGUGCCAUGGAGACCCUAAUGACCACCAUGCUGUAAUGCCCUGUGCCCCUGACAAAGUACCGGAUUUCUCACAUGAAGAGCAUGAUUCAUUCCGAGCUUUCCGAUCCAAGAAUCUGAAUGUGUCCAUAUCUCUGGACACCAAACCACUGAGGGAGAACACACUGAAUGUUCCAAGUUGCCUCUUCUACGCAAGCACACUCAGAUUUCUGGACAAAAUCAAGAUGUGUUUUGCGAGUGUCACUCGCCCCAUACGUCGAGGGUCUUACUUCAAUGUUAUAAGGCCUCGCAAACCACAGCUUACCCGACACUACAAGACAAUCAAGACAUCAGUAAACCUGCAUAGAUUCAACAUCUGUUACUGGAUGUCGUUCAACAAGCAGCUUGGCUCAGAGCUUCUAGCUGAUUCCUUUGUGCUGUCCCUUUGUAAUGACCUGACUCUUACCCCAGUGGAGGAUGGCCUGUUCCACCGACCCUUGGCUACGUGGAGUGUUCGUUAUCUCCAUUGCCAGUUAACUGGAGCUAAGACUUGGCUAUGCAGUGCCAGAAGGGAGACAGAGGACCAGUUGAAUGUGUCUCUCCGUAAUCCAGUAGAUAAGAAUUUCUUCCUGAGUGUUGGCAGAGUUUCAUAUCAAAGAGGAGACAACACCAGUGCCUCCUGUGAGCAGGACGAGGAAGAAGACGAAGAGGAGGAAGAAGACAAACGAUUUAAUAAGGCAACCCACAAUGUACAAGUACAUGACCUUAAGGGAGCAUGGACCAAACACAAUCGUACUGUAUUACUGGGCGUGCUCGACAGUUACACCAAGGCUCAAUCACUAAAGCGAAAUCUGUCUGCUGAUGCCCUCAAAAAGUUCAAGGUCGAUGGAGGACAAGGGUCAAAUAAGACAAGGUCAAUGUCCUUGACAACAGGUCCCCCUGGUUCCCCGACUACUCCUAAUCCCAGCCCUGGGACUAAGCUCAGUGGUGUCCAUACACACUCACUUCUCAUGAAGCUGGUAUCAGAGUCGGAUAGCAAAUCUGUGGCAUUCACUGAGGAGCCAUCGAGUGUGAAUAUGGACCAGUUACAUGGUGUAGCUGCAUGCCAGACAGAUGAUGUUUACUGUAAAAACUGGCUCAUUGAACUACACAACAGCCAGAUGAUGGUGAAAGGAUGUGAGACGUCAGGGUAUGUGAUUGUCAGUGCAGCUAAAGCCCAGAUUGUGUCCUGUACACAUCACCCUGUGUGGCAGGAAAACCAACUCCGCAGUAAGACAUCCUGGGUGACCUCUGUCGAAUGUAUGCAGUACUAUGCUACAGUCGACCCUGAUAAUGAUCUUGAUGAUGACACCAUGGCCUGGCUACAACCAGAGAAUGUAGAAGAUCGUACUGAACCUGACCUGUCAGGAAUGUCAGAAAUGGUGGGCAGUGGUAGCAGUGUCGGUGGUGUGGUCUACAGCACAGUGGGUGGGACUAAUAAACAGUCCCAGAAGUCUAAAAAGACCUCAGUACAGCUCCAGAGAAUUAUCUCCAGAUGUAAAUGUCAGGUGUUCUUUGCCAGCUAUGGUGAUGUGGAUGAUGAAACACUGCCAGAAAUACCACCCCCACCUUCGGAGGAUUCCUCGGAUAUGAUGUCCAGAGAAGAAGGGGUGGACAGUUUUACAUUGCUUCAUCACGACUUGAAUGUUUGUACAAACUCUCUGCAAUAUGCCAUGAUUCUUGACAUCGUGAACAAUCUACUGCUUCACGUAGAAAAAACGAAAAAGGAGACAACAGAGAAGCUACAGAGUAUGAGGUUUCAGUUACAACUUUCUAGAGAAGAGGACCAGAAGACACCCAUACAGCAACUACAGGAAUAUGUCAGAGAGAACGUAUUAACACUGAGGAGGCUGGAGAGAGAGCUGUACCUGAUAGAGAAGGAGUUGGAGGAUAAUGAGGAACCCAGUCUGUUAGAGCAGUCAGAAAAGCUGGAGAUGAUGUUGUUUGAUUGUAAAGAAAGAAUCAACUCCUCCAAUGAAGAACUUUCACUCAGAAUCAGCUGUUUGAAGGAAAGUCAACUUCAAGUCAAGUCACAGAUGAAAACAACUAAAACCCACCAAGCUAGGGUUGACAAGAGACAUGAGGUGUGCUUCAAGUUUGCCCACUGGAGACUGACCGAAGCUGAUGGUCAGCUUGGAGUUACAGACCUAGCUCUCCGAAACUUCGUGUACACCAAAGUGAACAGAGACAAUGACACAUGGACUCACCAACUGGAGUUAGGCUGGAUAAAGAUGACCAACCUUCUUCCAAAUUCUAUAUACAAGGAUGUGAUUGUACCUCUACACCCCAUUGGUAAUGAGGGCGACAACCGUCAGAUGGCCAUCAGGAUUUUGUGUAGUGAAAGACCACCAGUUGGAGGUAUAGCUGUGAAGGAACACUUUGAGGUCAAUGUUGUACCCAUGCAGAUCCAACUAACCCACCAAUUCUUCAAAACAAUGAUGGCGUUUUUCUUCCCUGAUAAGGACAUUGACGAGGAUGCUCAGGAUGAUGUAUCAGAUGGAGCAUCAUCAUCCAAAAAGAAGCUCGACCGAAAACCUUCAGGAAGAAAAGAGAAGGACUCGCUGAAAAAGUCCGCUUCAUUUAGCUCGGAGAAUGAUAUUGACAAAAUGAAGGAGCGAGCAGCUAAGAACAAUACAUUCCUGUACAUAAAGAUACCUGAAGUGUCUUUGCGUGUUAGCUACAAGGGUAUGAAGGAAAAGAACCUGGAGGAUAUUCAUGACUUUAGCUUGGUACUGCCUACUCUGGAAUAUCACAACCAAAUAUGGACAUGGUAUGAUCUCCUGAUGCAGAUGCAAGGAGACAGCAAAAGAGUGGUACUUUCUCAGGCAAUCAAACAAAAACUCCACAUGAGAGCUCGUGUAGGGGAGGAAACUCCACUGACGGAUGUGCAACAAGAGGAGGAUAAAAUGAAGAUGCUUCUUGGUGCUAAACUUCUUUCUGGGAAAGAUAAGCCCAUGAAGAAAACUUUAUUUGGAAAAACACCAAAACAGUGAUGAUGGAUGUUUGUGAUGACAAAGCUUUAAGAAGAAAUCCAGAAUGUUGUUCAGUGACCUAUAAUUAUUGACCUGAAUGUAACUGUACUAAAGGAACCUAAUUGUUUCUGUGUUGGUGCUAAACCUCGGAGUUUUUGUUGGUAUAAUUAUUAUUUUGUGGUUCUGUGGGAAACGAUGAUGAAUAAUAUUGUAUUUUUUUCAAAUCUAUAAUUCUAAAUAGUUUAAUAUAGAUUAUAUACUAUAUUCUCGAUAAUUGACUGUGCUAAUUGGUUUAAAAUUUCCACUUUGUAUCAAAAAUGAACUUAUUCAUGUUUGGACAUACAGUAGUGCAUGCUAUUAUUGGAUCAAGAGUUUAAAGACCAGGAAUUGAUAGACUUUCAAAAGUUGAUAAAACUUUAAACAUUUGUGAUUCCUGAUUUGAUUAAGUGUUGUAGAUUGCUACAAGGGAAGAUGCUAUAUGUUCUUGAAGAGGACUAUUGCGACUCAUUUCUUGUGAUUAGAGUAACUAAAUCUUCUUAUAAGAUAUAACAACCUUAUCUACCAGUAUGUGACCAAAAAGAUGUGUACUACUGAAAGUUCUAUAGUUCUGACAAAGUAUUGUUUUAUGAAAUACAAAUGAAUUUCAAGUGAUCACAGUAAGGUAUGUGUUUCAUAGCAUUAGUAAGGAAUUUACUAUCCGCCUGUGAUGUGCAUUAUCUAUCUGAAAGAUCUUGCAGAAACUUAUAAAAUGUAUUAAAAGAAUUGCUAUUUAGAUUUAUAGAGGUAUACAUGAAUCUGAGACACUUGACAUAAAGGAAAGAUAGAUGUACACAGGAGAGGGUGGUUAACUAAAAUACAUAGUUACUAAUAAUAGAAACCUUAUGUACUAUAGAUAAUGUCAGAAAGCAUCUAUUGUAGCAUGUCAGAGAAUCCCUUGAUAUAUGUCCUCCAACUGUGAUACUUACUCAAUGCUUUGUGAUUAAAGAUGUUUGAUAUUUGUGUAUUGAAAUCAUGUGUGUAUGUAGUAUAAGGUAAAAUAUGUUUCUGUUUCUGCUGUCCAUUUCUUUAUUUAUAAACCAAAAUCUUAAGUUAAGUUUAAAUUUUAUUCAACAUUUAAGUAUUGUUUAUUUCAUAAUCAUAGUAUGUUCAACAGAUUUUCUCUGAAUUCUGACAACAACUUUCAGAGUUGAGCUUUUGCAUGAGUAUUGUCUCACAGAACAAAGCAGUCUUAGCUUUAGGGUAGUAUAUAUUUUGUGUGUUAAUUAUAAUUUAUGUAAUCAUCUACUUACCUGGCAAUGCACCACAGCUAGUUGUUCAUUUUUAUACACCUGUAAAACAUUUUUGACAGGACAUAUUUUUGUGUGGCAUUGUUUGCCCAUCUGUCAUAAACUUUUCUUUGCCUACACUGUUCAAAUGAGCAUGUCCAGAAUUCAGACUUGGAAGGCUUAAUCGUUGUGACAUGAAGUAGUGUCCUCUUGAGGGAUAUUUCGAGUCAAAGUAUUUGGAAGAGUUACUGCCCCUUGUUUUUUUCAUACAGUUAAUAUUGUCCACACAUCUCAUUUAUCAGUUUUCAACUGAUUUCUUUCAAACUUGAUAGGAUUUAAACCAUAAAAUGAAGUUGUGUUUACAUGAAUGACAUUUUGAUUCAACAAUAUUUCAGAGUUACUGCCCAUUGUUUUUUUCAACUUUAUAAUUUUCUCAUCCCUUUAAAACUUAAAAAAUCUUUUAAACUUUCAAUUAUGGAUUAGUAUGCUUGUUUGUUGGCAUAUAUCAGAGAUUAAAUUAUUAAUUUUGUUGUUUUAACAUGAGACCAAGACGAAGUAUAAUAUCCCCAUUCUGAAGUAGUUUAAGUCUAAGAACAAUGUAUUUUAUCGUAAUAUCAAUGAAAUUCAACAAAAUUAAGAUCUGCACUAUUUUGUUCGAAACAAUCCCUCAAAUAAUCUUAGCAAAAUAGAACAAACGGCGUUGGAGUAUAAACAUUAUCGUAGCUGUUCUUUCUAUUUCACAUUUUGAUGACAUAUUUGAGCAUGUCAUUGUCAUAAAUUUCUGAUGUCAGUAUUGGUCAUCUGCUUUAACAGUCUUAACAUCUUUAGGAUGGCGUCCGAAUAGUUAGGAUAACAUCAUGAGAAUUAACCAAUAAAAAACACUGUUACAUGACCAUUAUUUUAGAAUAUUUCACUAAUACAUAAACAGUGUUUUCUUUUAUGGAAUUUUGACUCAAUAUUAAAAUUUAUGUAUAUGUAUUAAUUUGCACAUAAUUAUUCAUGAAUAUUUCGUUAGCAUGAAACAGUUUUAGAUUGUUUCACUCUGUAGUCCUCUUGUUCAAUGUACAGAUUUGACUUUCAGUAACUUUUCGGUUUGUGAAAGGAAAGCACUAGAAAUAACAAUACAACUGUAAAAUAUCCAGUACUGGGUUGAUGUCUAUUAGUCCCAAUAUUAGCAUGAAUCAACACUACUGAAAUAUUUACAAUACUUACGAUACUUACGAUACUUACAAUACUUACAAUACUUACGAUACUUACAAUACUUACAAUACUUACGAUACUUACAAUACUUACAAUACUUACAAUACUUACAAUACUUACAAUACUUACGAUACUUACAAUACUUACGAUAUUUACAAUACUUACGAUACUUACAAU